UCAAGCCAAUCUAAAGAUGUCUCCUAAAUUCGCACUUGCAAUUCUGCUCCUCAGCUGCGUUCUCCUGGGACUGACCAAUGCCCAGUACAACAGGCGCCAUCAGGCUGGGCCUCACCGACAAAAUAUUGGGACUCGAAUGAAUGCCGACGGCCCUUUGCCGCCAAAUUUCCUCCCUCCGGGUGAUAAUGCUGGAGGCAGUGAUGUCCCGGCCAACGUGGAUUGUAUGCCCAAUCUGCUGGCUAGUAACACCCUUGAUACGAGGAAACCUAGGCCAAAGCAUUAACCGGAAACCCGAAACGUUUAACUGCGCAAACAAAGCGAUAUACACCGCAGAUCACCAGUUGAUUUAAAAUGAUAAAUGGAUUUUUAUAUAAAACUUGCAAGCAAAUUUAUUUAUAUUGAAAAAUAAACAUCAGAACCACA